AUGAGGCAGUCGGGGCACGGGGCGCUGCUGGCGGCGCUGCUGCUCCUGGCACAACUGCAGCCGGGGAGCAGCCGCUGGAGCCCGGAGGCGGCGGCAACCGGGGUCCAGGGCCCGAGCCUGCGAUGGAGCCCCAGGAUACCGAGCCAGAGUGGUGGGGCUCGCGCGCUCCUCCUGCUGCUGGCAGAGCGUUUCCCGCGCCGCGCGGGGCCCGGCCUAUGGGAAUCCCUGGCCGCGGUAGAACGGCCGCGACGGGACGACCCCCCGCUGUCCAUUGACCUCACCUUUCACCUGCUGCGGACCCUGCUGGAGCUGGCGCGAACUCAGAGUCAGCGGGAGCGCGCCGAGCAGAACCGCAUCGUUUUCGACUCGGUGGGCAAGUGAUUGUUCCGACCCGGGGCCACGAGAACCUUGACCCCCCCAUCCCUCAACCCUAGAGCUGGGACGUGUGCGGCCGGAACUGACCCAGUCCUUCGGGGACUGAGUGGCCCAGGGAUAUCCUGAGCACUCUCUGCGUUACUAUUUUUUAAUAAAAGUACCGAAGAGCCUUCGGCUUCUGUCAUGGGGGCGCGAGGAACCACAGCAGGGUGGGGACCGGGAGAAAAAGUGGGGCCUCCCAGGCCGGCGGGAGGGAACUAAGUGCUGCAGGAGGGCUUUCAGCCAGGUUCCUGGAGUUGCCAUUGCCACCGAUCCUUCCGGGAACUCAGAAGCCCCAGCACCACCACACCACCUCGACCCUCUUCCCAGGCUCUGUGCUUGCAAGCCUGCACCUGACAUCAAAGAGCUGCCCAGUAGGGGUUCAUUCCACCUUUGCCCCCAAAUGGUCCCACUUUCUGGGAAAGGCGGGAUGGUGGUGGGGGUCGCCUUCGAAGCGGAUGCUGAGGGAGUGGGGGUGAAAGGAGAUGCGGGUCUGGGACGCAAAAGUCCUUUAUUGAGCCCCCUUCCCCUGGCGGGGCGCCGAGCUGGGUGGCCCGCUGGUCUCUGCGCAGAUCUCUGGUACCCGAGUGCCAGGCCCAGGGAGCGCGGGCUCCCGAAUAGGGGUCGGAUCAGUGGAGGCCUGUGCCUGGGAAAAGCAGCUUGGUGGCAGGAUGCUCCAAAGGAACGAGGGAACCCCGAAAAGCAGUUCACUCCCUUCCCCUCCCAACCUGGGUUUCUCCCCGACUUUGGUCUCCCAAAGCCCCAAAGGAAUGGCGGGCGGGAAAGAAAGUGUACAUGCAUGC